CGGUCGCCAUAGGAAAGCCAGGCUCAAAACCUGGAUUCAUGAUAAUAAAGUCCAGGUGAUGAUGUUACAAGAGACUAAGUUUGAUGAACCAAAGUUGCGCCAGCUCGCUACCUGGUGGAGAGGUGACCAAAUCUGGUCGCCAGCAGACGGCACUCGAGGCGGUGUGGCAAUACUCGUUCACCGAGACCUGCAGCUGGAGAUACUGGACAGCGAGGUUGAUUUGUGGGGGCACUGGGCGUGGUUCCAGACGCAGUUGGGAGGACAGCUUUGGACUUUUAUGACAGUCUACGUGCCUGCUCACCCAGUGGACAGGAGGGCCUUUCGGGAAGAGCUUCCUUAUCUUAUACCCCCCGCUCAAAAUGUUGUCUUGGCCGGUGACUUCAACCUGGUUUUGCAACCGGGACUGGACUCACCUGUUGCUAUACCACGAAAGUUGGAUGCUCAAAUGCUGUUGGACUACAUGGAACAGAAAUUGUUCACAGACUCGUACAGGCAUACUCACCCCACGGAGCACGGUUACACAUGGUUCUCUUCCCAGAGAACUGGUGAUACCCCACCUCCAAAGAGACGCCUCGAUUUGAUUCUAACUAAGGGAGCAGCCUGGGAAUCGUUGACUGCAGCGGACGUAGUCAUUGUACCAGGAUCAGACCACAGACCGGUGGUUGCGGAUUUCCUCCUCGAUGGUCACCUGCAGCGGGGACCAGGCAUUUUCAGACUCAACACGGAUCAUCUCAGCUCUCCUGAGAUUAUCCAAUGGGUGGCAUCUCACUGGCGGGACUGGGAGCAAACUAAAGAUUGGUUCGGUUCGGAGGAGGAAUGGGCUGCCAUAGGCUUCAAGGUGGUAACUCGGGCGCUUGAUACCUUUUCAAGAAUUCAAGCGAGGGGUAGAAGGCUGCAGGAGGAAGAGUGCCUGGCAAAUGUGCAGGAAGCAGAGGCCAUGCUGGAGACAAAUCCGCUCACUGAACUAUAUUGGCAGCACAUGCGGGAUAGAUGGCUGCAGAAAUGGGAAGAUUUGCAGAUUGUGCAGCAGACCAGAUGGGCAAACCGAGCUAAGGAGAAGGGACUGAUUACGUCAGACAGAAUGACCAAAGAGACCUUCCAGCGGAUCUGCCACAUGAGGACGCACUCAGUCAUAAGAGAGCUGCAACACCCAUUUCACGCUGAGGCAGACUCAGCGACCGACUCCAGAACCAUCGGAGACUUUGCAAGGCAAUAUUUCGAGGACAUUUUGACCUCGCGUCGACCCCCGGAUCAAUCACUGCACCAGCUGCAAGCAGAGCACGAUCUCUGGCAAAACACAACGGCACGUCUUUCUCCACAAGCGAGCGCUCUGCUGGAGCAACCAAUCACCAUGGAGGAGUUAUGGUCAGCGGUCAAAGCAAUGGCGAAGGGUAAAAGCCCAGGCUCCGAUGGCUUACCGGUGGAAUUCUACUUAGCCACUUGGGAGCACGUCGGUCCGAUCCUACUCAGACUGUUCAACAGGAUUCUUGAAGGCGGUACGCUCACCGAAGACAUGAAAUUUGGGGUUAUAACGCUGUUGUACAAGAAGGGAGACAAACGGAAUGUUCGAAACUGGCGGCCCAUCAGCCGCCUGACCGUAUCUUACAAGAUCCUGGCCAAGUUGUUGGCCAGGAGACUUGCACCUUUCUUACCUGGUCUUGUUCACACCGACCAGGGAGCUUUCGUACAGGGACGGUCCAUCUUUGAAAAUGUCCUCAUGGCGAUGGGUGCGCUGGAGAUUAUUCAACGGGAGGACAGACAGGUUAUGGUGGCCAUGCUCGACCUGGAGAAGGCGUACGACAGGGUCAAUUGGUCCUUUGUACUCGCCACGCUGCAACACAUGAACUUUGGUCCCAAGUUUCGGACGUGGGUCAAGGAGCUAUACACAGACUCGACAGCGGCCAUUAUUGUGAACGGCUUUGUGUCUUCAACUUUCUCGCUUACACGAUCGCUACGUCAGGGAUGCCCCCCCGCAUCCCUCCUCUUCGCAGUUCAGAUGGAGGUACUUCUCAACUCUCUUAGGGCAGCGCCGCAUCUCCGGGGCCUGAGCCUAGGUGAAGGAAAUCAGCUGCUGAUAGGGGCCAUCGCUGAUGACCUCCUCUUGGUCACCGAAGCCACUCCCGAUUCACUCGUCGAGGCGAAGAGCAUUCUGGAUUCGUACUCACAUCUCUCCGAGGCGCAGGUCAAUUGGAAUAAGUCGGUCUAUUUCCUACCGGCCCGAUUUAAUUUGCAAGCCGUCCUCCAUGUUGGCAACGGCAUGCUGGACAGCAUGGAGAGCCCUUCAGCCCUUGCUACCAAAGCCGCCCGCAACUCGUGAGGAGGUAAAGCAACAAAAUCUUUUCAACAAC